ACACUCAAAAACCCAAAUCAAGAAAAAAAAAAGUCAGCGCCUAUGGUUCUAUUAAAAGCGCGUUGAUGAUAUAUAGAUAAUAUAUUAGUUGUACGUGUACUCGAAAAAUCAAUACAGUUUGUUCAUGGAGGUGAACAACAACUGGGACUGGGAUCUCAAUGCAGUGGUGAGAAGCUGCUGCUUCUCUACACCACCCGCGGUGACGACGUUCGAUCCGUUUCCCUUGCUCCCUACGCCGGUUAGUGAAGAAGAGUUCGCGAACGAAGAGAAAGGAGAGCUUUUGCUUUUGUCUGAGAUCAUGAGAGGAGAUCAAGUUUCUUUGGUCGAGCAUGAUGAGCUUUGUGAGUCAUUUUUAUUUGAUAUUGAUCACGAGAAACUGUUUCAGAAGCCGCAACCAGUGGUCUCAUUUUCCACCACCACGACUUUAAAAGAACAGUCGCAGCGGAGUACUCAUCAGCCUCUCGCUCGUAGUCCCCGUCCCAAAAGAAGUCAAAAGAAGCAGCACAAAAGAGUCGUGUGCCACGUCCCCGAUGACGGCCUCUCUCCCGACCUAUGGUCAUGGCGAAAAUACGGCCAAAAACCCAUCAAGGGUUCUCCCUAUCCCCGGGGAUACUACAGGUGUAGUAGCUCGAAAGGGUGCGUGGCGCGAAAGCAGGUCGAACGGAGCCCGACGGACCCAACGGUGCUCGUUGUUACGUACACGGCGGAGCACAACCACCCUAUGCCGACCCACCGCAACUCCCUCGCGGGAACCACACGCCAAAAGUUUCCUCCACCUUCUCCUCCUCCUCCUCCUCCGCCCGUCUCCUCCUCCGUCUCUAACUGUAACAUGCCGUAUUGGAGCCCGAACUCGUUAUCGGCGGAAGAAGUAGUGUUCUCGCCGAUUGCAACUUCUACAGCUAGCGGACGGAAAGACUUAGGCGAGGAGAUGGAUGUUGAUGAUAUGUUGUUUAUGGGAGCGGAUGGGAUGAGCGACGCGGCGAGCAUGGAGCCCUUCUUGAUGGAAAAAGUAGGAUUUGGAUCGCCAUUUUUGUGCUCGCGCGACAUGGUUGGACAUCGCCAGAGCUGCAGCAACUGAAGGGAGCUAAUUCUUUACGAUGCUCUUAUUUUAUUGUUGACAGAUCCGUAUAGUUUAUAUUUUACUUUUGGGUCUUAAAUAUAGAAAAAAUACUAGUCAUAGGACUGGGUCCUUUCACUUACUUGAUUGUGCGCAAUAAGAGUGAGAAAGAGUAAUUUUUGAUUUUUGAUUUUUUUUUUUUUUGGCGCUAGAUCAGUGAACAUGGAGUGAACGAAGAUACGCUAAUCUAGUCAAAUUAGGUGAUCAGUUUAUGUAUCAGAUAGAUUGUGUACUUUUUACUUCAAGU